AUGUCAAUCAAACCAACCAUUCUCCUUAUCCCUGGUGCCUGGCACGAAGCCGGCAUCUUCGACACGGUAGCUGCCAUCCUGCGAGCCCAAGGCUACCCAGUCGAAUCGAUGACUCUGCCCUCAGCAGGUGGUCCCGUAUCGACGACUGUCGCAGACGAUGCCGAAUACAUUCGAGGACGGUAUCUCAAAGAGCUAGUCGCGCAGGGGAAAGAAGUCGUUAUGGUGAUGCACUCCUAUAGCGGCAUCCCAGGCACGGAAAGUAUUCAAGGGCUUGCGCGAAAAGAUCUGGAAGCGCAGGGUAAACAAGGUGGUGUUGUUGCUAUCGUUUAUAUAUCAGCAUUCUUGAUGCCAGCUGGUCAAAGUUUGGAGUUCGCAUCGCCACACAAGGGUCUGGAUCCUGCGGUGACCAUCGAAGGAGAUGUGGUAUACCCCGUAAACCCGAGAGCGGUCUUCUACAACGACCUCGACGAUGAAAAUGCCGCGAAACAUGUCGCGAAACUCGUAUAUCAGGCCAAGCCAAGUUUCUGUACUCCUCUCAUGUAUGAGGCCUACCGUGAUGUGCCAGCACACUACCUCCUCUGCAAGCAAGACGCUUCUAUCCCGCUCUCUGCGCAGCGAAUGAUGGCAGCUAUGCCAGGGAGAGGCGUUGUGCAGACUUACGAGAGUGACGCGGGCCAUUGUGCGAUGCUAAGCGCACCACAAGAUGUGGCUGAUGUGAUUCAAAAUGCUUCUACAGAGCAUGAGGUACGAAUCGACGUUGUUGGAAAUAGUUGGAAGAGACCUCACAAUACGUGGAACUUUGGGGAAACAGAUCUGCUGCGUUUUCACAAUAAGUGUUUUGAUUGGGUAUCAAACAAUCUCGAUGGUGUGACAUCUGAAAAAGGGAAUGUAGAAUAUGCAAAGAGCUGA